GCACCGCUGCAGGGACCCCUGGGAGAGACGGGGCGGCCAAGGCAGGUCCUUCAGGUCUACGGGACGGGCCGAGCUAGACUGGGGGCUAAGUCCGGCUGGAGGGGAGCUACGCAACUCCGCAUUUCUCCCCAGCGGCGACCGAAGGUGGCGGGACCGGCCAGGGCGCGGCCGGGGCGGAGAGAGGGAGAGAGAGAGCGCGGAGGGGCGACUCCUCCUCCGCCACACCCGGUGCGGCAGGAAGAGGAACAGCCGCGCCCAGCUCCCACUAGCCCCGGCCCAGCGCAGCGCCAUGUCGGCGGAGGACGUGGACGGACUGGCCGUGUCCCGGCCCCACUAUGGCUCUGUCUUGGAUAAUGAGAGAUUAACAGCUGAGGAAAUGGAUGAAAGGCGACGCCAGAAUGUAGCUUAUGAAUACCUUUGUCAUCUGGAGGAAGCAAAGAGAUGGAUGGAGGCCUGUUUGAAUGAGGAGCUGCCUGCCACGACAGAGCUGGAAGAAGGAUUGAGAAAUGGAGUCUACCUGGCAAAACUUGGAAACUUUUUCUCCCCUAAAGUGGUUUCUGUGAAGAAAAUUUAUGACAGGGAACAGACUAGGUAUAAGGCAACUGGUCUCCACUUCCGACACACGGAUAAUGUAAUCCAGUGGCUGAAUGCCAUGUCUGAGAUUGGUCUCCCCAAGAUAUUCUACCCCGAAACAACAGAUAUCUAUGAUCGCAAGAACAUGCCACGCUGUAUCUAUUGUAUUCACGCACUCAGCCUGUACCUUUUUAAACUGGGUCUUGCCCCCCAGAUUCAGGAUUUAUAUGGCAAGGUAGACUUCACAGAGGAGGAAAUCAGUAAUAUGAGGCUUGAACUGGAGAAGUAUGGUAUUCAGAUGCCUGCCUUCAGCAAGAUUGGAGGAAUUCUUGCGAAUGAACUUUCUGUGGAUGAAGCUGCAUUGCAUGCUGCUGUCAUUGCCAUUAAUGAAGCAAUUGACCAUCAGGUUCCAGCUGACACUCUUACAGCAAUGAAGAACCCUAAUGCCAUGCUUAUAAAUCUGGAUGAUCAACUGGAAUCCACUUACCAAGCCACACUCUACAGAGCAAAGCAAGACAAGAUGGAGAAUGCUAAAAACAGGAUUGCUUCAGAAAGUUUAGAUAGAGAGAGAGAUGUGUAUGAAGAACUUCUGACUCAAGCUGAGAUUCAGGGAAACAUCAAUAAAGUGAAUACACAUGCAGCCAUAUCAAAGAUUGACCUGGCUUUGGGACGAGGAGAUGCAUUAGCACUGUAUGAAGCCUUGGCAACACCAGCCCUGGGACUCCGAGGAUUGCUACGUGAAAAUUGUGACUGGUAUUUCAAGCAGUUUUUGAGUGACAGGCAACAGAAACAGGAGGCUGGCCUUACAGGUCCUCUGCAGAAGGAAGAGUUACAGUUGGGAGUGGAUGCUGCUAACAGGGCAGCACAACAGUACCAGCAAAGACUGGCAGCAGUAGCCAAAAUUAAUUCAGCAAUUCGAAUGGGUGAUGCUGAGAUGACUGUGGCAGAAAUGAUGAAUCCAGAGGCCCAGUUACCAGAGGUUUAUGCAUUUGCUGCAGAUCUUUACCAAAGGGAGCUGGCCACCUUACAGCAACAGAGCCCUGAAGGUCACCUCACCCAUCCAGAACUAUCUGUUGCUGUAGAGAUGCUGUCUUCUGUGGCCCUGAUUAACAGGGCUUUGGAUUCAGGGGAUAUGAAUACAGUGUGGAAACAACUUAGCAGUCCUGUCACCGGCCUUACAAACAUUGAGAAUGAGAACUCACAGAGAUACAUUGAUGAUUUGGUGAAGCUGAAAGCUGAAAGAAAUGCAGAAGGAAGUGAAUUUAUUACAUGGAAUGAUAUCCAAUCAUGUGUUGAUCAUGUGAAUAAAGUUGUGCAUGAAGAGCAUGAAAGGAUUUUGGCAAUUGGUCUCAUUAAUGAAGCUCUGGAUGAAGGGGACACCAAGAAGACUCUUCAAGCCUUACAGACUCCUGCAGCAAAAUUGGAGGGUGUAGCCCCAAAGGUAGCACAGCAUUACCAGGAUACACUACUUCGAGCCAAGAGAGAGAAAGCACAGGACACACGGGAUGAGACAGCUGUACUUUGGCUAGAUGAAAUUCAGGAUGGGAUUCAUAAGGCUAACAAGGACACAGAAGAGUCCCAGCGAUUCUCCUUAGGAAUUCUGGCCAUUAAUGAAGCAGUAGAUCAUGGUGAUGUUAGCCAGACCCUGAGUGCCUUGCGUUCACCUGAUGUUGGGCUAUAUGGAGUCACUCCAGAAUGUGCUGAGACCUACCAGCAAGAACUGUCAGAAGUCAAGAAAAGGGCAGCAGGGGGAAAUUGCAGUGAGUGGGUGAAACACUGGGUAAGAGGAGGCUAUCAUUAUUAUCAUAACCUACGGACCAAAGAGGGAGGAUGGGAUGAACCAGCAGAAUUUGUGCAAAAUGACACUCAGCUGUCGCGGGAAGAGAUACAGAGCACCAUAUCCGGAGUCACUGCAGCAUACAACCGAGAACAGCUGUGGCUUGCAAAUGAGAGCCUGAUUAUGAGACUUCAGGCUUGUUGUCGAGGGUAUCUUGUUCGCCAGGAAUUCAACUCAAGAAUGAAUUUUUUGAAGAAGCAAGUCCCAGCAAUCACUUGCAUUCAGUCUCAAUGGCGUGGCUACAAGCAAAGGAAGACAUAUCAAAUCCGUUUGGAUUACCUACGUGCACAAAAGGACCAAAUAGUAAAGAUUCAGUCAAUGACCAGGAUGUAUCAAGCCAGAAGACGUUACAGAGAUCGUCUGCAGUAUUUCAGAAACCAUAUAAAUGACGUUGUAAAAAUUCAAGCCUUUAUCCGAGCAAACAAAGCACGAGAAGACUACAAAACCCUCAUUAAUGCUGAAAACCCACCUAUGGCUGUGGUUCGGAAAUUUGUCCACUUGCUUGAUCAGAGUGACCAAGAUUUUCAGGAGGAGCUUGAGUUAAUGGAACUGCGUGAGGAAGUUGUAACCUUGAUCCGAUCCAAUCAGCAACUGGAAAAUGACCUCAAUCUCAUGGACAUCAAAAUUGGUUUGCUAGUGAAAAACAAAAUUACAUUGCAGGAUGUUGUUUCUCAUAGCAAAAAACUUACCAAGAAGAACAAGGAACAGCUCUCUGACAUGAUGAUGCUGAACAAACAAAGGGGAGGUUUGAAAGCACUGAGCAAAGAAAAGAGAGAAAAGUUGGAAGCCUAUCAGCAUUUGUUCUACCUGCUUCAGACUAACCCAACCUACUUGGCCAAGCUGAUUUUUCAGAUGCCUCAAAACAAAUCCACAAAAUUCAUGGAUUCUGUCAUCUUCACGCUGUAUAACUAUGCAUCCAAUCAAAGAGAGGAAUACCUGUUGUUGCGACUUUUCCAAACAGCAUUGCAGGAAGAGAUCAAAUCAAAAGUAGACCAGAUACAUGAAAUUGUGACUGGGAAUCCUACUGUUAUUAAAAUGGUGGUAAGUUUCAAUCGUGGUGCCCGUGGUCAGAAUGCCCUGAGGCAGAUCCUUGCACCAGUUGUGAAGGAAAUCAUUGAUGACAAGUCACUUAAUAUCAAAACUGAUCCUGUGGAUAUUUACAAGUCCUGGGUUAACCAGAUGGAAUCUCAAACGGGAGAGGCCAGUAAACUACCAUAUGAUGUUACGCCUGAGCAAGCCCUGAGUCAUGAAGAGGUGAGGACACGCCUGGAUGCCUCAAUCAGAAACAUGAGGACAGUGACAGACAAGUUCCUGUCUGCCAUUAUUAGUUCAGUGGACAAAAUCCCUUAUGGAAUGCGUUUCAUUGCCAAGGUCCUAAAAGACUCUCUGCAUGACAAGUUUCCUGAUGCUGGUGAGGAUGAGCUUCUGAAGAUUGUUGGCAACAUACUCUAUUAUCGUUACAUGAAUCCAGCCAUUGUCGCACCAGAUGCAUUUGACAUCAUCGACCUUUCAGCUGGAGGUCAGCUGACAACAGAUCAACGCAGAAAUCUUGGUUCCAUUGCAAAGAUGUUACAGCAUGCUGCAUCCAAUAAGAUGUUCAUGGGAGACAAUGCUCAUCUAAGCAUCAUUAAUGAAUACCUAUUGCAGUCAUACCAGAAAUUCAGACGUUUUUUUCAGGCCGCCUGUGAGGUUCCUGAAUUGCAGGAUAAAUUUAAUAUUGAUGAAUAUUCAGACUUGGUGACUCUCACUAAACCAGUAAUUUAUAUUUCUAUUGGUGAAAUCAUCAAUACACACACUUUGCUCUUAGACCAUCAAGAUGCAAUUGCUCCUGAGCACAAUGAUCCAAUUCAUGAGCUGCUGGAUGAUCUCGGAGAGGUUCCUACAAUUGAGUCCUUAAUAGGGGAAGGUUCUGGCAAUGUUAAUGAUCCCAACAGGGAAAUGCUAGCAAAGACUGAGGUUUCUCUCACACUCACUAAUAAAUUUGACGUUCCUGGUGAUGAGAAUGCAGAGAUGGAUGCAAGGACAAUUCUGUUGAACACAAAGCGUUUAAUUGUUGAUGUAAUCCGCUUCCAGCCAGGGGAGACGCUGACUGAAAUUUUGGAAACAUCAGCUACCUCAGAGCAAGAAGCAGAGCAUCAUAGAGCUAUGCAGAAACGGGCCAUUCGUGAUGCUAAAACUCCUGAUAAGAUGAAAAAAUCUGUCUCUGUAAAGGAAGAUGGCAACUUGAAUCUCCAAGAAAAAAAAGAAAAAAUCAAGGCAGGCCUGAAGAAGUUGACAGAACUGGGGUCAGUGAAUGCCAAAAACAAAUACCAGGAACUAAUCAAUGACAUUGCGAAGGAUAUCAGAAAUCAGCGUAGAUACCGUCAGAGAAGAAAGGCGGAGCUAGUGAAGCUGCAGCAGACAUACAGUGCCUUGAACUCCAAAGCUACAUUUUAUGGAGAGCAAGUAGACUAUUACAAAAGUUACAUAAAGACCUGCUUGGAUAACUUGGCCAGCAAGGGCAA